CAGCCAUUUUCAAUUGAAGAAAUUGAGAUUUUAAAAGAACUGUGCGCAAUAAUGUCGCCGUUUAAUGAUGCAAGCAAACAAGCCUCAGCGAAUAAAACUGUCACUGUAUCACUAAAUAUACCAAUAAUUGCCGAGUUGUAUCAAAAAAUGAAUUUAAUAAAGUGCUCUUCGAAAGCGGCUCAGGAUGCUCAUGACUUGAUCAAAAUUCGUAUCAAAGAACGAUUUUAUCAUUAUGAAUCACGAACUGUCCCUAGAAUUGCGACACUGCUAGAUCCACGCUUCAAAAAGGAAGGCUUUUUUCUACCAUUGAAUGCUGAACAAGCUGCUAAGGCUUUGGAGUUGAAGCUCUACGAAAUAUUGUCUAUGAAUUCGAAUGCUAGUUCCACAGCUCCAGCACCACCAGAACCAAGCUUUUAUCUCUACCUACAAUGUAAACUGUCUAAUAAAGUUACAUUAAACAGGGCAGACUCAAUAAUACUAAUGCGGCAGUACUUUGAGCAAAAAACGAUGAUGAAAGCAAGGACCCUUUACUACACUGGAAGAUGACCAAUGAUGAUUUUCAAGCCUUCAAGGCCCUCGCUAAAGAAUAUCUGUGCGUCCCAGCAUCCUCCUGUUCCUUCGAAAGGACUUUUAUUAAGGCAGGACAAAUAA